CGAUGUCGGCACUGCCCCGCAGGCCGAGGCGGCGGAUCCCGCUGGUGCCGGAGAACUUGCUGAAGAGGAGGAAGGCCUACCAGGCCAUCAAGGCCACCCAGGCCAAGCAGGCGCUCCUCAACAAGAGGAAGAACCAGAAGGGGAAACAAAUCCAGUUUAAGCGCCUUGAGGCUUUUGUCCAAGAUUCAUGGCGCAAACACCGAGAUGACACCCGGCUGAGACGCAUGGAGCAGAGACCUGGACAGACAGCUGUACCUCAGGAGCACAAACUAGCCUUUGUUGUGCGGAUUGCGGAUAUUAAGGGAGUGAGUAGGAGGGUAAAAAGAGUGAUUCAGUUGCUGCGGCUGUCAAAAAAUUUCACUGGGACAUUUGUUAAACUGACUCCUUUAUCGCUGAAGAUGCUGCGGAUUGUGGAACCUUACGUGGCAUGGGGACACCCUAACCUGAAGUCUGUACGAGAGCUCAUCCUGAAACGGGGCCAAGCCAAGAUUAAGAGAAAGAGGAUGCCUCUGACAGACAAUAUGCUGAUAGAGGAACAUUUAGGGGACUGUGGUAUUAUUUGCUUAGAAGACCUUAUUCAUGAAAUUUACUCGGCUGGGAAGUAUUUCAGAAGAGUUACAAACUUUCUGUGGCCAUUCCACCUGUCUGUGGCUCGCCAUGCUUCACGUAACAAAGUGGGUUUCCUCAAGGAGAUGGGUAAGCCUGGCUGCAGAGGAGAAGCAAUCAACCAGCUUAUACGUCAGCUGAACUAGUCAGGGCCACUGUGAAAACUUCAGGACUUAUAACUCGUUCCUGGUCACAUAUAGUUUUCAUGGACAUUAUCUCUAUGCCGGGAUAUACUAUAUCUUGUGACUGUUGGUGCCUCUAUGAAAAAA